AAAGUUAUUGAGGGCGACAAGGCCUACGUCAUUGAGACGUCACGCUUCCGGCGCAGUCACGUGUGGCAGGUAAACAGUACGGUGUCAGCAGUGAGUUUGUUGGGAUUUCUCCGUGUGUCCUGUGCCGUAUGGUGGUGCCCCAGCCAGCGGGUGAUGCUCCGGCGGCCCCGGGGCAGGAGGACGAGGAUGACGAGGAACCGCUGCUGCUUAUGACUACUUCGGUGAUGAUCCCGCAGAAAACCCCGCCGGUCACCGUGGAGCAGAAUGUCCUGCACACCUUCUUCUGCCAUCUCGGCCACUUCUCCUAUGACAAGGCCAAGGACAACGUGGAGCGGGAGAAAGAAGCCAACAAGAACGCCGGCGCCUCGUGGUCCUCCAUGCUGGCAGCCCUGGCACACCUGGCGGCCGCCGAGAAGGCAUAUCAUAGCAUGAGCUUUCUGGGGCAGAAACCGGGUGGUCAGUCGUUCUUCAGCAGGAAGGAUUCUAUCAGAACGAAUUAUACCUCAUUGUACAAUGAACUAAAGAAAGUAGUCACGACUGGAAGAAAUGCCACUGGUGGGACAGCUCCUCACCUGGAAGAACUGCUUUCACAUCUGUCAGAACAGCUCUGCUUCUUUGUUCAGGCUCGAAUGGAAAUUGCAGAUUUCUAUGAGAAAAUGUACACACUGAGCAGUCAAAAGUUUGUGAAUGCUGAGGAACUUGUGAACGUCUUAGAUGCCAUCUUAAAGAAGUACAACUCAAGGUUUCACCAUCCUAUACUAUCUCCUCUAGAAAAUGGUUUCCAGCUUGAAGUCGAUGUUCUUGUUCACCUUUUGAAGGCCCAGAGCCUGAUAUUUGAGUGGAAGUUCCUAUUGUCCCUUGUAAACUUGCACAAUGCACAUACUAAACUCCAAAGCUGGGGUCAGAUAUUUGAAAAACAAAAAGAGACCAAAAAACAUCUCUUUGGGGGACAGUCUCAGAAGGCGGUGCAGCCACCACAUCUUUUCUCAUGGCUCCUGAAAUUUAAAAACAUCCUGCUUGCUAAGUUCAGCUUUUACUUCCAUGAAACGCUAAGCCGACAAACCUCAGAGAUGAAAACCCUCACUGCUAAAACUAAUCCGGAUUACUUUGGAAAAAUAUCCAGCUUCAUUAGAAAAUACGAUGCAGUCAAUGUGUCCUUAAUCUUUGAUAACCGGGGAUCUGAAAGUUUUCAGGGUCAUGGGUACCAUCACCCGGAUUCCUACAGAGAAGCCCCUAAAGGAGUUGACCAAUAUCCUGCUGUGGUGUCGCUACCACUUGAGAGACCUGCAGUUCACUGGCCAAAUGUUAUUAUGAUAAUGACUGAGAAGACUUCAGACCUAAACACUUUAGAGAAGAUUGUACACUUCUAUGAUGACAAAGUGCAAAGUACAUAUUUUCUGACACGACCUGAGCCCCAUUUUACCAUUGUGGUCAUUUUUGAUUCGAAGAAAUCAGAGAGAGACUCCCACUUCCUAUCUUUUCUAAAUGAGCUUUCUCAGUCUCUGAAAACCUCCAGAGUGUAUGCAAGCUUGAAGCCAGGCUCAAAAAGUUAAAACUAAUGGUGAAAGCCAAAAGUGCAGUCAAGUUAUUGUGGAGAAAAAAAAAAAAAAAAAGGUUAAUGGUAACCCAUAGUCCUGUCCCAUAUAUUGACUUACCUGGGAAAGCAAAGGUCCAAGAGGUUAUAGCAGGUUGUUCUACCUACAAAAAAAAUAACAUGCACAUUGCUCUAAGCGACUGGAUGUCUGUGGCAGUCUGGUUAAUGAUUAUUAGUUAGAAAUAUCUUUAAAAUGGUAACAAAAAAUAAAAAACUGCAUUAAAGGGCUAUUCCAGUACUUAAAAACACAUCCCCCAAGGGAUAAGUAUCUGAUUGCAGGGGGGGGGGGGGUUGGACUCCCCAUUUCUACCUGUGCAUGGAACAGCGCGUGUUGGAGAUACACAAUCGCUGUACUCUGGUAUCUCUGGAGUUUUGGUGGAAAAUGCCUGGAACGCAUUCUAACACACUGCUCCAUGCAGGGACAUACGGGGCCCGUUUUGGAGAUUGUGAGGGGUCCCAGAGACCUGACCCCACCCCCCUCGAUCAGAUGCUUAUCUGCUAUCCUGCGCAUAGGGGAUAAAUAUUGAAGUACUGGAGUACCCCUGUAAAGUAUUUGUGCCUUUCCAUAUUCUGAAAGUUAGUUACUGGCCUUGGAUUAAUGGUAUACUGGAAGGGUUUUCUUUACCUUUUAUACAGUUAUACUAAGCUUGCUCCUUACAGCUGGUUAUGGGCUGUUGAUGGUUUCCUACGUUUUAGUGGUAGAUUCCUGAAGUUCUGCAGAGCUACGAAAUGCAAUAGAUCAUCCAAAGAGACCUGUACAUUGACCAGUCACUUAUGGUGUAGAGGUGUUUUUAUUGCUCAUAGUGUAUUAUCAGUUUAUAUAAUAUCUGUCUUAUCCUAUCAGGAUUGGGGUGAAAAUAAAUAAGGCUGGGUUUACACCACGUUUUUCGCAAUACAAUUUCAAUUCGAAAACUGUACGGAACCGUAUUGAAAACCAUAUUCUAAAAUAUGCAUCCCGUUGUGUUCGUUUUGCAUUCUGUACGGUUUUGUCAGUUUUCUUUUUUCCCCGUACCCAAAACUGCGGUUAUUGGUCCGGGUGAAAAACCGUAUUAAAACGUAUCCGUGUUUUUUUUUUUUUUGUUUGUUUUUUUCAUGGAAGUCAAUGGGAACUGUACAGAACCUUAUGUGCGCACAGUUCCAUACGGUUUUAACUUUGCACAGUUUUUUUUUUCUUGGAAUUUUCAAUCAAAUAAGUGAAACUUUAUUCAUAACGGAGUGAAAAGUUAAAAACGUAUACGGAUGCAACUGGACAUCAUUUUACAAACCGUAUACGGAUUAAAAUUUGUACACACGUUUUUAUACAGUUUAGUCAGGUUUUGAGGAAUCCGUUUUUCUCAAAAACCUGAUACGGGAACUGUAUUGCAAAAAUGUGGUGUGAACCCAAGCAAAAUGUCACCAAGCAAUCCCAUAGUAAAACUAUAACCAAGUCCAGACAGGACCUUGAAGCAGCCACAGUGAUCUUCACCAAUUGAUGAUCCUGCACUGUGAAAAAUUUACAGUUUUUUUGUUUUUUUUGUUUCUUAAUAUCCAAAUAACCUUCAGGUGCCCACAGGGCAUUCCCCAGUGCUGCCCAAUAAUCCAAUCCCCACUCCCUCCUGCCCUUGAGCCUGUGUUUGACUGCUUCUAAAUUGUCAUUUCAGUUCCUCUUAAUGGUUAAGAUUCACGCUUUCUCUUGUCUAUUGUGGGGUGCCAAGGGCAGUAAGUAAUUCUCUGCUAUCCCUGCGGCUUCAUUGUUUUGCAUGUGCACAACUGCAAUUGCUGGUGACAUAAAUUAUAGUGGUAAAAUCAUAAGGAUAUGGUUGCAGUGAUUUUAACCAUAACUUUUUGUUGUACUUUACAAUGCCGCAUUUCAGCAAAUUUUGAUUUAUAUGUUCGUGUCUUAUAUUUAGCUAUAUCAGCAGUGGACUAUUUAGGACAUUGAAACUUUCAGUUGCUGUAGGGGUAGCUGCCCUCAGGCCUGUCUGUCCACAUGUCUUAAAGGGGUACUCCACUGGCCCAGCAUUUGGAACAUUUUGUUCCGAACGCUGGGUGCAGAAUAGGGGAGUUGUGACAUUACACCACGCCCCCUCCCAUAGACUUGCAUUGAGCGGGCGUGGUGUGGCGUCACGACCCCCACAGCCCACACCCAGCAUUCGGAACAGGAUGUUCCAAACACUGGGGUAGUGGAGUACCCCUAUAAUGAGACCUGAUUGUCCUGGGAUAUGCACUUUUACAAGUACAAUCAAGAAUGCAUUGGGCAACCUAUUUGGGCAGAGUUUUUACCUCCUACAUUGCUUUGCAGAGGGAGAUUUGUCGUUUAUAGAUCAUGUGUGAAGGGAUUAAACUACCUAUUUAUUGUCCUUUCCAGUCCAGACAAGUUGACGGAGGGUUCUGGUGUGAGGAUAAAAGCACAAUCUGAGUAUCAGUAUAUGAGCUGCAGGAAAAUGUGCAAUCUUUUUGUCAUCUCUAUAGAAAUAAAACCAAUUUAUUGUAUAUUUACUGUACUCAACCAGUAUUGUAGAACAUGGUUUUAAGUAGUUGCUGUAUAUUUCUACUGAUAACUGCUAUCCCAAUGCAGGAAACAGUCUCUUAAGUUAUAUAUUUAUGUUUUUGUGACUGGAACAACUCUGAAGAUGGAGUUGUGGCCUUAGUUGGGUGUCUGAAGAAACUAGAUUAAUUUUUUCUUCCCAACCAAUAUUCCAUAAUUUUUACAUGACUUUGAAAGCAAAUGUAUUGGUUCUAUUUCUAGGACCACAAAAAAAAUAAGACCUAUUUUUAAGAUAUGUCGCUCUUUACAUUUUGAUCAUGCUCACAAAAUAUAUACAUGUUUGCAAUAUGUUAAAAAUGGAACGGGUAUUAAUAUCUGCACUAAUGGAGGGGAUUAAGAUACUGUAUGCUGCUGAAUUAAAAUCAAUCUGCAAACCUAAGAAACUUGAUAUCGUUAUUAUUAACCAUUUCUCUGACCUAAGUCUUCACCAGUGUGCCUAUGCAAUACUUAAUAGGUAUGUGCAUCUCGGCCAUAAAUAAGAUAAAUGCCUAAUAAUAGGCUGACCCCAUCUUUCUCUAGAACAGCCCCUUCACUUACCCCAUACUGUCAAAUUUCUGCAGCCAAAGCUAAGUAAACUGUACUAAACUGUUUCCAUAUCUCCUUUAGGGGUGAGUGGAAGUUAUGGAAACGGCUUCUGUACUCCAGGUUUCUGCAUUCUUAUGGUUAUUCCCAUGAUUGUCUUAGAUGAGGAAAUCCAUUUAAAUAAAUAAUUUUUUUCUCACACCACCCAUUAAACUAGAAAUAGAGAGUCUGUAUAUCAGUGUUUCCCAACCUGGGUGCCUUAAAACUACAACUCCCAGCAUGUCCGGUGAAGCUUUGGUGCGGAUGAAGCUGGCAUCAAUGCAGCUUUGGAGAAGUAUUCCAAGAAGGAGGAUGGGUGAGUUAAGUUACAGUUAAAUAAGUCCUAAAGUUUUAUUGUAAAAUAUACUUUGUAUAUUAAACUUCUCUUUGUGUACCCAGCAGCUGUGCUGUGCUGACUUCUGCAUUGCUCGCACCCUCUCACUUUGAGGGCCAAAAUGUCACACACUCUUCUCCUUGGAUAUUCAGGCUGCAUCAAGCGGAGUCUGUGUGCUGAUUAAAUAUGGAAUCCAUUGACCCAAAGCCUAUUGACCAUCCGGACAUUUGGAGUUACUUAUUCUACAUUUAUUCGUUUUGGAUCAUCAUCUCGUUCCUUUGUAAAGUUUUUCUUCUGCUUCACAGAUGAAUGAACUUCUCCACCUUCUAGAUGUCAUUCCGCAGGAGGAUUCGACCUUCAAGUUAUUCCACUUCCUUUUAUGGACUUUAUUACGCUUAGAUUCUUUUUCAUAGAUAAUUUUCUUAUUAGACUACUCAUCAAAGAAAGCAAGUUAUUUCUGUCAGACAAGACCUUAUAUAACCUGGGCUGUAUGCUCAUUGGUCACUACUAUGUUCAGCAUGUUUGGUUGUACUUACCUGUAAUUGUAACACCUGUAUACCUUAAAGUUUUUCUUGUUACUUGUUGAAUUUUUUUUUAAUAUUGCUGCUAUAUGUUUUGCAGUAAAGAAAGAAAUGUACUA